AUGGAGCUUACGUGGGUGUUAGCGCUGCUACUAGUGCUAGCAGGCACCAGCUACAUGUAUAUGCAACAUCAAAAAGUAACUAAAAGUCAACAUCGUAAGCUAGAAAAAGGAAAGGUAGAGCUUGUACGUCAACCUCUCCACGUCGUGAACAAGAAGAAGCCUAAGAACAAGAAGAACAAGCAGGUAGAUAUGAUGGCAGAGUUUAAGAAGAAGACGCAGGCAAAUUUGGUGCAGGAAGAAGUGAAUGAACACCCGAAUAUGCUUUAUCUAAUUGAUGGACAUAAAUACAGCGUCACGGCUGCCACAUACAGUCCAAACGGUCGCUUCCUGGCCACUGCCAGCUCCGAUCGGUCAAUCCGCCUUUACUUCCGUGAAACGCUCAUGAAUAAGAACCCCAAGCUGCAUCGAAUCAAUAUCGAAUACGACCAUGUUACAUCCAUGAGUUUCAGCUCGGACGGACGCAGUCUAGUGGUUGCAACGGAAAACGGCACGGUAAAAGUCUACCAAAAGCUGCGUGUCAAACCGGAAAUCGUGACAGACUUUCCUGUUGCGCACAAGACGGAUGUGCACUCUGUGCUCAUGAACGAUAUUGGCAAGUGGGCGACGAUCAUUACGUGCGCGGGUGGUUCAGACACAGAUAUCAAGUUCUGGAACUUAAAUGGCGAGCUGCAACAAACGGUGAACACAAAUCAGGUUGCCAAUUAUCACUGCGUCGGCUCGAAAGACAAUCGAUACAUCGCAGUUGCAGCGUACACACCGGAGGUUAAGAUUUAUGAAAUUACACGCGAGAAGCUGGGCACUUUCAAGAAAGUGAACAAGAUCAUGACCUUGCAAGGACAUAGAACGGGCGUGAUGGAUCUUGCCUUUAAUGGCUCAAAUGUGCUUCCGGCAAACCGUGUAGUGACGAUUUCCAAGGACGCAUCGGUCCGUCUAUGGGACAUUAAUGUACGAUACACUGUCCAAGAGGAUCCUAAGGUGCUGUGGGCAUUUACUGCCAAAGAAGAGAAGCCGUUUGAGGGAGUUGAUUUUGCGCCCUGUGGAAAGAUUGUGGUCAUGGUGCGGGGUAAAGAUCUUGUGUUUGUCCGGAUCAGUGAUAACGAGGAGUUCUACGUCAUUCCCGACGCGAUUGACGAUACGAUUAAGCGCACCGUGUUUUCUCCAGAUGGAUCGGAGGUGCUUGUGCUUGGAAAAAAUUGCAAGCAUGUUAAGAUUUACAAGACGCCAGAAAAUCAAGUGCAUUGA